AUAAAGUGCCCAGAGACAAAUGUUCAAUCUCCAAGUAUCCAAUAUAAUGGACAACUUGGAAGAGGUUACAGAGCCAGUGAGUCCUAGUGGACGAUACUUCAACUCCUCCAUCAUAUGUGCGUAUGUUUUCGGGUUUUUAGAAUCAGAAGUUCCAAUCAAUGACUCUCAAACUAUGUAUUUACUCAAACAUGUCUUUCUACCUAUCAAUCCACGCUUCUCCUCCAUAAUGGUGAGAGACAAACAUGGCAAAAUGAUGUGGAAAAAAGUAGAAGUGAGGCCUGAAGACCAUAUAAAAUUUCCCAUAUUCCCCAAAAACGAGUCAUCAGAAUUUUAUGACCAAUAUUUUGAUGAAUAUGUAUCAAAGAUAAUGAUGGAAAGGACACCGCAAGAAAAACCACUUUGGGAAAUCCAUAUGAUCAAAUACCCAACAAGCAAUGCUGCUGGCACCUUAAUAUUCAAACUUCACCAUGCACUUGGAGAUGGUUACUCUCUCAUGGGUGCCCUUCUUUCUUGUCUUCAGAGAGCUGAUGACCCUUCUCUUCCUCUUUCCUUCCCUUCACGUAAAUCAUCAGAGUCACCACCACCUUACGAGAAAGGCUUCUUCAAGUGGUUCCCUUCAACCAUUUUCUCCUUUUUCAAAUCUAUCUCAGAUUUUGGAUGGAGCAUAGCAAAGAGUUCAAUGAUUGAAGAUGACAAGACACCCAUAAGGAAUGGUGAUGAAGGUGUUGAGUUUCAGCCUUCUGUCUUAUCAAACAUAUCAUUCUCUCUGGAUCACAUAAAACAAAUCAAGUCCAAGCUUGGAGUGACAAUAAACGAUGUGAUUACCGGUGUAAUUUUCUAUGGGAUUCGGCUAUACAUGCAAGAGAUUGACAAUAAGGCAAGAAAAGCAAAUUCCACAGGAUUGGUGAUGCUUAGUACUAGGAACAUUGGAAGUUACCAAUCAGUCCAAGAUAUGACAAAGGCUGAUUCCAAAUCUCCCUGGGGGAAUCAUAUUUCUUUCUUACAUGUAUCAAUACCAAAGCUAAGCCAAGCCAGCCUAUCCAACCCUCUUGAAUUUGUUUGGAAAGCCCAAAAAAUAAUCAAGAGGAAGAGAAAUUCUUUUACAGUUUUUCUUAUAGAAUGGCUUUUAGAUAUGGAGCUGAAAUUAAGAGGACCCGAGGCAGUUGCUAAACAUAUGUAUGGUACACUGAGAAACUCAAGUGUUGUGAUGUCCAACUUGAUUGGGCCAGUGGAACCUAUGGCUUUGGCAAAUCAUCCUGUGAAAGGCUUGUACUUUACAAUGACGGGAGGACCUGAGUCUAUAAAUAUUGCAGUUAUGAGCUAUACAAGAGUAUUAAGAGUUACCUUGAAAACACAGAAAGGCUUUAUUGAUGAGCAGAAGUUCAAAUUCUGCAUGGUGAAAGCCUUUGAGGACAUAUCCAAAGCAGCAACGGAGGUACCCAACAAAAGCAAGGGUUAAACUAUCUACUUAAUUUUUUAUUCAUGAGUUAUAACUCUACACUUUUCUUAUAUACACCUUACUUUAUACUAAUUAAAUUCACUAAUAAAGUGAAUCUAUCAGAAAAGGGAGGCCUAUGCAUAUAUCUAAAAAGAAAAAUGUUAGCCCGCAUUCGAUUAAAUUCAGUUUGACCACUCUCUGGCUUUAGUUAAAAUUAGUGUCCCAUGUGAUAUUGAUUCAUGUACCCAAAGCCCAUUUGCAAUUAGUUUUGUAAGUACAAACUCCGUUG